AUGGCAUUCACUCCGUCGUGGGCCUGCAGGUGCGCUUCUUUCCCUGCAGGUGCGCCCCUCACUCUGCUCUCUCCCUCUCCCCGCUCUCGCCCUCUCUCUUCUCUCUCCCUCUCCCUGCUCUCUCCCUCUCCCUGCUCUCGCCCUCUCCAUGCUCUUGCACUCUCUUACCCCCCUCCUCACUUCCGCAAGGUAGACAGUGUUCUGAGUCCACUCAAAGCACGUCCUGUGGCCGCCUCUGGACAGCAUUCACUCCCUCUCCCUGUUCCCACCUCCAUCAGCGUGCUCAUCAGCCUCCUCCACUUCAACUCCCAGAUCUUCAAGGCUAAUGCCAUCCCCUCUACAGUCAUCUUGCUGUCCAUUCACUCUGCUUAUCACUCCUUCCCUGCUCCCUUUCCCUCCCAUAUCCCCCUUCUCCUCCCCUCCCCACCUCUCAGCGUGCUCAUCAGCCUCCUCCACUUCAACUCCCAGAUCUUCAAGGCUAAUGCCAUCCCCUCUACAGUCAUUUUGCUGUCCAUUCACUCUGCUUAUCACUCCUUCCCUGCUCCCUUUCCCUCCCAUAUCCCUCUUCUCCUCCCCUCCCCACCUCUCAGCGUGCUCAUCAGCCUCCUCCACUUCAACUCCCAGAUCUUCAAGGCUAAUGCCAUCCCCUCUACAGUCAUUUUGCUGUCCAUUCACUCUGCUUAUCACUCCUUCCCUGCUCCCUUUCCCUCCCAUAUCCCCCUUCCCCUCCUCUCCCCACCUCUCAGCGUGCUCAUCAGCCUCCUCCACUUCAGCUCCCAGCUCUUUGAGUCUCAUGACAUCCCCUCUACAGGCAUCUUCGCUAUUCUCGCCCUGUGCGCCCAUGCCAACUGGUUUGCCUUUGAUCGCACCCUCCCUGGGUACCUCCUCGCCCUCUUUGUCGCCGUGGGUGCACCAGCCUCAGAAGUGCUCAUUAUGAAGUGA